CCAGGACAGUCAGUCGAUCGAGCGACGCGGGUGGUGACGGUUGAUCGUCGGUGUUCAUUCAUCGGCUCGAGCUCUCAAAAAGCGAGGCAAGGGGUUCCUAUAACGUCCGGAAGGAAGAGGAGAGACAGAAAGGGAGAUAGAGAAGGGUAGAGAAGGACCGAUCAUGCGUACGUAGAGGACGAACGUUCUCGUCGUGGACGAUGCCGCGAAAACUCUCGCCCCAAACCACCCCACGACGACCAAGUGUGCGCAUCACGACCGGCUCGCGGCUCAGUCGACGUUACGUCGCGUCCUUCGGCGUGAGUAGAGAGUACGAUCGGCCGGUCUUCUCGUCGGUCACCCUCGGCGAACCGGUGAUCUCAUCGGCGAGGAGCGUUCCUUCUCUCCCGCGAGCAAUCGUUCGGCUUGAUUAGACGACAGAGCGAAAGAGGAGGAAGAGGAGAGGUUGCUCCACAAGGAUCGUCGCUCUCUCACUGGAUGUAACGAACGGGUGAAGCAUCUCCCUCCGAAGACCGUCGUAGACCUCCGAGGCAGAUCCCGAGCGUUCCAGGACGUAUGUGCAUACUCGAUGCGAAUUUCAUAUGGAUAGACCCAAUCUCGAAAGACUCCGAUUUUAUCGAGCGAGAGGACGAACGCGUCUGCCGAGAAAUUCAGGGAUUUUGUCGGUCAACGGAGACAAGAGCUUGUUGUGACGCGAUUCGCCGAUCACUCCACAAAUAUAACAGAAGAAAAAGGACUCUGAUUAUAAGGAGGUCGCGCGUGAAUACUCGCGACGAAUUGGCGUGAAAAACUCACGGCAGACUCGACGGAAGGAACGGCGAAACGACGUGUUGACGUAAUAAUCGAGUGCGACCAACGGCGAGAGCGGAGUCGCGUGUCUGCGGAUAAACGUUCGACGAGCGAAAUAAUUGAGCCAUCGACAGGCGUCAAGAUUAAGUGUUGCUGAAAGAAAAAACAGCCGCUCUGCGAUCAGGCCGUCGAGAAACGAGCGAGGAUGAAGUCCGCGCCACCGAUGUCGGCUGAUUGUCGGCCAAUUGUCCCGUUAAUGAGCACUUAAUGAGCGGCGCAUGAGCGGGCAAACACGAGAGGAGCUAUCGAGAUGAAGCUGGGAGAUAACAUGACCAUGGAAGCUUGCAACGUAUGGAAUGACGUCACACCACGAAAAUAUCGGCCACCACGCAUCGGCGAUAUCCCAAAACGCGGUGCGAUCGACGAAGAGUCACCCUCUUACUCCACGUCGGCGAAGGUAACGGUCUUGCCUUCCAGCGCGCAGCCGUCGACGGAUGCACCAGCAGGCCCAUCAAGGGUGUCGUCAGAGGAGAGUUCCGACAGCGGUGAGAUCCAGGAGAUCCGCAAGGACAGCGCGCUCUACCUUGAGGAGCCGGAGGGCCUGAACGGGAAGAAAGUCAUACGGUCGCGGCCACCGGGUAUCUUUCGGAAGGCCCGACGAGAGAGCAGCGGCUACGCGACCAGCGUGGGUAGUUUGGACGAGGAGAGGAAGGGCGGCGACGUGCAGCAGCAGCAGCAGGACUCGUCCCAGUCCCAGUCCCCGUCCCAGUCCCAGUCCCAAUCGUUGAAGGAGAAGCGCAGGCUAAUCACGAGGAUACCCAGGGCGGAAGAGAGCCUUGGCGAGAAGGCGUCGAUCGGCAUAUCGGAGAGGAUGCCGACGACAGAGAUACACAGGAAGGUGUCGAGCGCCGGCCUCGAUAUGCCCGACAUCGAGGAGGUGAAGGAGGUCCUGAGGGAAGAGACCUCGCCUCGUCAGAAUCUUAGUAGGGACGCGGAGACGGCGGUAGCCGAACCAGACUACUUAUCAGCGCAGUCUCUGCUCCCGAGGGAGGCAGCUAAUCAGACGCUCGCUGUGAAAAGCGACGUCGCCUCCGGCGUCGUUUCUUCGUCGACAUCCCACGACGGCCUCCCGAAGGAGUUACUCAACACCGGCAGUCUGAAGGAAGCGCUCCACCGUAUCUCCUGCGAAACGAACCGCAGGCUGGACACAUCGGCCGUCAGUCCGGGAAGCGACGGCAAGAUCCGGCGGGAGGUAUCACCGAUAGAAUCCCGCAAGGAUCCAUCGUGCUCCGUAGAGCGUGCGACUGCCGAGAUCGUACAGAGGAAGAAUGAGAAGGUGGCGUGCGCUAACAACGACAUUCUGCCGAGAAGCGUCGAAGCAUCCAAAGGAGAAAAUGUGCCCGUUGCCUUCACAUCGUCGUCAUCGUCGUCGUCGUCGUUAUCAUCAUCGCCGUCCACUAAGACGUCGGUCAAGGUGUACCAGCUGCUGGCGACCCAGUCGGAGGAUCGCGGCGAUGGCGAGUCGCACCUACCGGAUCGCAGGAUAUCCCUACAAAUCGCCAGCUCACGAGAGGCGGAGGUGUCGUUGACGAGCAACAACAACGUGACCACGGGGUCGUUCGUGAGGAACAGAAAGUGCGAGGACGCGAGAAGUAGUCCGGCCACGAAAACGUUGUCAUCUAGUGAAAGCGGGUCGCAACGGUACCUCGGAGACGCUGGCAACGUCACCGUCAGGCCCAUCUAUCCUUACUGCCCGUAUUCGCCCUAUGGCAGCCCUCAAAGCUCGCCUAGGAAUCGCAAGAGGCCUCUUAGGGAGAGCAGAAGAGUAUCCAUCGAUAACCGGCAAGGCGAUAUUAAGCUGAAUCAAUACAAACUGUUGGAUGACAUCGGACAGGGCACCUACGGUCUCGUGAAGCUGGUCUACAACGAGGAGGACGGCACCCAUUACGCCAUGAAAAUCUUGAGCAAAAAAAGACUGAUGAAGAAGGCGGGAAUAUUCGGCAGGAUUGUGCCCGGCAAAAAGGCCAAUCCGCUGGCAAGGGUUUACAAGGAGAUCGCCUUGCUGAAGAAAGUUGAUCACCCUAACGUCGUGAAGCUGAUCGAGGUGCUUGACGACUCGGAGGAGGACCACCUUUACUUGGUCUUCGAACUCCAGCGAGGUGAAAUCCUGCAGAUACCCACCGACGAACCUCUGGACGAGAAAACGGCCAGACGGAAUUUCCGCGACGUUGUCAUGGGCGUGGAAUACCUGCAUUACCAGAGGAUAGUGCACCGCGACAUAAAGCCGAGCAAUCUGCUGGUGGACAACGAUGGCCGCAUCAAAAUCGCCGAUUUGGGCGUCAGCGCGGAAUUAAGGGCACCCGGUGAAUUAUUGUCAGGGGCCGCCGGCACUCCGGCAUUCGCGCCGCCCGAAACGACCAUUCCCAGCGCUCAAUAUUCGGGGCCGCCGUGUGACGUGUGGUCGAUGGGGGUGACGCUAUACUCACUGGUGACCGGAAGUCUUCCCUGGAACGGUUCCGGCAGUAUCGGCAGCGUCUACGCGGCCGCUCGCUCAGAGAAUCUCAAGUUCCCGGAGAAGCCGGCCGUGUCGGACGACCUACGCGACCUAAUCACACGGAUGCUCAUGAAGGAACCGGCCGACAGGAUCAUCUUGCCAGAGAUCAAGCAGCAUGCGUGGUUGACCAAUCGAGGAGCCGAACCACUGCCGAACGAGGCUGACAACUGUCGUGUUCCUGUUACUGUCACCGACGAGGAGGUCGAGCGGGUCGUUACAAGGGUGCCGAAACUCGACACUCUGAUCCUCAUCAAGACUAUGCUGAAGCAGCACAGUUUUCAGAAUCCGUUCCUGCCGAAGCGGAUCGGGAGGAUAGCGGGCAACGACGCGGAAGCGGGACCAAGCGGCGCAUCCUCACAGAAGCGCGACGUUAAAGCGGAACAAUUCCAUCGUGCCGGUAGAAGCAUGUCUGCGCCGGAUUCCUACGAUUUGCACACAAGCGGCAGACAAGUGUCAGUGGAAAGCCCCUUGCCGCCAGUGACGGAGGCGUCGAGCCAGGAGUUAGAAGUCGAGAAGCGAUGAUCCGAUCAGCGAUAGAAAGAGUGCACCGGGGAGCCCGCUCGGUCUACGGGCGGACGCCGAGAGACGCAGAGGCCGAUCAGAAAUGAUCGUCCAUUGAGCGAGCUAACGAGCGGACGUAAACGAGAUCGUCGAACGAACCAACGAAAAAUUAAUCU